UCUACUUCCCGCAAGGAUUCCAUUGCUGAGCCGGCCAGAAAAAAAAGUAUGCGACCAGAGGAUGCCUAAGGCUGGAGGGGGUUGCAGGUCAUCCCUUUGCCAAGGGACCCCAGUGGGAAUGAUCGCCGUGUGGUGCGCGCUCUGCUUGUUCCUGGUGACGGUGAGCGGGGUGCCAGCGGCCAGGCUUCCCAUCGCAGAGCCGGAGGAGGACAGAGCGGAGAGAAAACCAGCAGAUUACCUCAUAGGAGAGCAGAUCCCUCUUGAUGAGCUCAUGUACGGAGUCGGAGAAACCAUCGAACUGUUAUGUAGUGUGGAGAACCCCCCUAUGUCUAUUUCAUGGCUGAAAGAUGGGAUUGUAGUGAAGUCCAGCAACCAGACGCACACAAGACAGAACCUGCUGAGGAUCACCAAUGUUUCCUAUGAUGACUCUGGGAUUUAUAGCUGUACGUUGCUGCUUUCUGGAGAGAUUCUGCGGAAUUUUACGAUCAGAGUGGCCGACAUGCCAUCGUCUGGUGAUGAUGAGGAUGAUGAUGAGGAAUCGGAGGAAAGGGAACCUCCAUACUGGACACAGCCGGAAAAACUGGAGAAGAAACUUUAUGCCCAACCAGCCGCUAGUACCGCCCGCUUCCGCUGCCCUGCUGCUGGGAAGCCUCUGCCCAGCAUUUAUUGGCUGAAAAAUGGGAAAGAAUUCAGAGGGGAGCAUCGGAUUGGUGGAAUCAAGUUGAGGCACCAGCAGUGGAGCGUGGUCAUGGAGAGCGUGGUCCCUUCCGAUAAAGGCAACUAUACUUGCGUUGUGGACAACAAGUAUGGAACACUUCGUCACACUUAUCAGCUGGAUGUCUUAGAGCGGUCUUCCCAUCGGCCCAUUCUCCAGGCAGGGUUACCCGCCAAUAAGACGGUGGUAGUUGGCAGUGAUGUGGAGUUUCACUGUAAGGUUUACAGCGAUGCUCAACCGCACAUUCAGUGGCUAAAGCACGUGGAGAUUAAUGGCAGCAAGUAUGGCCAAGAUGGAGAUCCGUAUGUAUCCAUCUUAAAGUCCUGGACAAGCGAUGAGACCGAAACUGAUGCUAGCCUAAUUCUGUCCAAUGUGACACCAAACGAUGAAGGAGAAUUUAUUUGUAGAGCCAUCAAUUUCAUAGGCUUGGCCGAAGCGUCUUUUUGGCUCAGCGUUUAUUACCCAACAGCAGAACCAGUUGUGAAGGUGGUGGCCACAUCAUCCAACUCAGCCAGUGUUUUGAUCAUGGUGACUGUAGCCAUUGUCUUUAUCUUACUGAUCAUCGUUAUUAUCACCUACCGAAUAAAAAUCCCUUCCAAGAAGGCCAUGAACACACCAACUGUGCAAAAAGUCUCCAAGUUUCCACUGAAGCGACAGGUGUCACUGGAGUCCAACUCUUCAAUGAAUUCUAACACCCCGCUGGUGAGAAUAACUCAUCUGUCCUCCACCGAUGGGACCAUGUUGGCCAAUGUUUCUGAGCUUGGGCUGCCCGCUGAUCCCAAGUGGGAGUUGCAGAGGAGUCGGUUGACACUGGGAAAACCAUUGGGCGAAGGAUGCUUUGGCCAAGUAGUGAUGGCAGAAGCUAUCGGUAUUGAUAAGGAUAAGCCAAAUAAAGCAUGUACUGUAGCAGUGAAGAUGUUAAAAGAUGAUGCCACAGAUAAGGACCUCUCAGACCUGGUGUCUGAAAUGGAAAUGAUGAAGAUGAUCGGGAAGCAUAAAAAUAUAAUAAACCUGCUUGGAGCGUGUACACAAGAUGGGCCUCUCUAUGUCUUGGUUGAAUACGCAUCCAAGGGGAACCUCAGGGAAUUCUUAAGGACUCGACGUCCCCCUGGGAUGGACUAUUCAUUUGACACAUGUAAAAUCCCCACCGAACAGCUGACGUAUAAGGACUUGGUGUCUUGCGCGUACCAGGUUGCCCGCGGAAUGGAAUAUCUGGCAUCUCAAAAAUGUAUUCACAGAGACCUGGCAGCCCGGAAUGUACUAGUUACUGAUGACAGUGUGAUGAAAAUUGCUGACUUUGGGCUUGCUAGAGACAUUCACAACAUAGACUACUAUAAGAAGACCACAAACGGUCGGCUGCCUGUGAAAUGGAUGGCUCCGGAAGCAUUGUUUGACCGUGUCUACACUCACCAGAGCGAUGUAUGGUCGUUUGGAGUGCUUCUGUGGGAGAUCUUUACUUUGGGGGGCUCCCCGUACCCUGGGAUCCCAGUAGAAGAACUAUUUAAGCUUUUAAAAGAGGGUCAUCGGAUGGACAAGCCAGCCAAUUGCACACAUGAGCUGUAUAUGAUAAUGAGAGAGUGCUGGCAUGCGGUACCAUCACAAAGACCCACCUUCAAGCAGCUUGUUGAAGACCUUGACCGCACCCUUACUGUAACUUCUACUGAUGAGUACCUUGACCUUUCUGUGCCAUUUGAACAGUAUUCACCAGUGUGCCAGGACAGUCACAGCACUUGUUCAUCAGGAGAUGAUUCAGUCUUUGCACAUGACAUUCUUCCCGAUGAGCCCUGUCUUCCCAAGCACCAGCAAUGCGAUGGCAUCAUUAGAACAUGACUUUCACCUGGACAGACACACAGGAUAGAAGGAAUGUAGACUUGAGGCAUAUGGACAGGCCUGCCCAGUCAUGAUACUUGCUGUACAUUAAGUCAAGAAGCACUGUUUGGCCUGAAGGAACUGCUACGAUACAGAGAAAGAAAUAUAUGA